AUGUCCAACGCUUCCCAAGCCUUUCCAAUUACUAGUCCUGAGCAUUUCAAUAGGGGAAAUCGUCGCCACAACAGCUAUCGUAGACAUCGAGGUUACCGCCCAAAUAGGCACUCUACUCCUCGAGAACAAACUAUAAAUAUUGCUAGUCAAAGCCAAAUAGUUGCACCAAUCGUUGUUAAUCAUAAUUCGGACGGGGAUCAAGGUUCUCAAAAUGAAAACGAUUGUUUUAUCUGCGCUGAACCCGUUCAAUAUUAUGCCGUUCCGGAAUGUAACCAUAAAUCUUGUCAUGUGUGUUCGUUGAGGUUAAGAGCACUAUAUAAAUCUAAAGAUUGCGCUUACUGUAAGACAGAACGAAUUAAGGUUAUAUUUACCCGAAAUCCCGAUAAAAAAUUCCAAGAAUUCCAGGAUGAAGAUAUUCCCUUCUUUGACAAAAGAUUAAAUAUUUAUUGUGAGGAUCAAGAAAUGUUUGAUGAUAUAAUGCUCAUUCUGAAAUUUAAUUGUCCAGAUAAAGAUUGUGAAAUGUCUUGUGAUGGAUGGGGAGAAUUGAGGCGACACGUUAGAAAAGAUCAUCGUUUAAAGUUAUGUGAUAUUUGUACUCAUAAUAAAAAAAUCUUCGCACAUGAACAUACUCUUUUCACCUCCAAUGAACUUGAUAAGCAUUGUCGUGAUGGUGAUGAAGAAACGGGUUUCAGUGGACAUCCUGAAUGUCAAUUUUGUGAAACACUCUUUUAUGGCGAUGACGAACUCUACGAUCAUUGUCGUCAUUCUCAUGAACAAUGUUUUAUUUGUGUUAAAAAUGGUAUAAGACAUAUUUAUUAUGUUGAUUAUAAUUCAUUGGAAAAUCAUUUCAAUAUGGAACACUAUCUUUGUCCAAACCAAAAAUGCUUGGAGAAAAAAUUUGUCGUGUUUGAAUCAGAAAUUGACUUCAAAGCUCAUGAUGUUGAAGUUCAUGAGUCUAAUUUCAGUGGACAAAGAGCUAGACGUGAGGCAAGGACAAUUGCGAUUGACAUUAACUAUACAGAUUCACGCGAGAGGAGACGUCGGAGAAGUCGUGAAAGACAGAAUCUUAAUUUAGAUACCACUUCUAGCAAUGCCAAUGAAAUGAACUUUAAUGCAAGAGCAGUGAGACCACCACCAGGUUUUGGUGUUUUGUCUCCUGACGAAGUGACUGGACCAGAGAAUGAAUUACCAUCAGAAAAUGAAUUAGAAAUACGUAAUAUGCUCUCUACACCACGGGAAGAAGACUUCCCUGCUUUGAACGCUUCAAUGAGGGUUGCUACUAAUAAUGGCUCAGGUACAAAUAUAAAUUAUGCUGCCAAAAUAAAAGCUAAUAAGAAAAAGCCUAGUAAUAAAUCUACGCCUACGAAAUUAUCACCUACACCUACACCUACACCUCCGCUAUAUCCGGCACCAUUAUCCGAAUCCAAUAUUACUAAUAAAGGAAAAGCUCCUGCCUUUCCUCCUUUACCUUCCGCGAAUCAAUCAACUUCAACUUCGGCAUCAACAAGUAGUAUUAGUAGUAAUACCAGGUUAAAGGCUUUCUCUAGUGUUAUUGAUUCGGAACCUUUGAGUCGUGAUGUUGGUUUUUAUCAACGUGUUAAUACGUUCCUAUCCAAUAAUCCUGCUAAGAUGGAUGAAUUUAAAUCAUUGACUGCAGCAUACAAUAAUUCAACUUUUGAUGCAUCUUCGUAUAUAGAAUUUUUGUUGCCUUUGUUUAAUAAAAAUACAGGUACUGUUGGUAAAGUUGUGAAUGGUUUGGUAGAAAUAAUAGAAGAGGAGAAAAAGAGGACUGAAUUGUUGAGAGCAUUGCAAGAUCAUAAAGCUAAGCGAACUUCUGAAUUCCCCGCUUUAGAACCGGUAUCCUCACCCACACCUGGUGUGAUUAGUAAUUCGAGAUCACCCUCUUCACCCUCUUCGAAUAAACCGUCGCCUCGUGUAUUAGUUAUUAAAUCUUCAACUACCCGAUUUCGUGGUAAAAAAACAAAUAGUGGCACUCCUGUCUGGGAUCAAAUAGCUGCUAUUGCUGAAUCAAAAAACAAGGAAAGAAAGAAUUCAGCAUUUCCUUCACUCACAACCGCUUCUAGUAAUUCUGCUAAUAAUUCUGCUAAUAAUAAUAAUGGAUCUGAACCGCAAUUUGUUCAAUCACCUUCACCUAAUGGAUCUACUUCUUCAUGUACUACGGCUUUUGUUAAAGGUAAACCUACUCAAGCUGAAAAUAGUGGAUUUCCUAACUUAACGUCGACUCCAAGAUCUUCUAGAUCCAAAAAUGAUGGGCAAGAAAAAAAUGCAUGGGGACAAGGUGGAGCAUUUGCAUCUACAGUAUCUGACAAUAAUCAAAAUGAAAAUGAUAGUGAAGAUGAUUCCUCAUAUAGUGAAAGUACAAAAGAAGUAAACAAGAAAAAAAAGAAACUAAAAAAGAAAGUUUUGUAUCAAAUCGGAACGAGACAUGGAAGCUAA